AUGGUCACGGAGGUGCAAAGUUCAGCUGGGCUGGAUUAGUGCCGAUAAUGUUCACUUACUGUUUCGUUUAGGGUCUGAGUUGAUUCAGCACCUGGUGGUUUGCUGCACUGAUUGUAUUGUCUAGAAACAUAGGAGGUUUGAGAUAACAUGCUACCAUAUAUUUUCCCAUUGAUUUGUCAUCUCACCUGUUCUCUCUUCCUUGUGUCCACAGAGCAGAGAGUAGAUGAUGUGAGACUGAUUCGAGAGCAGCACCCCAACAAGAUCCCGGUUAGUAUCACAUCUAUUGCCACAACAAUUCUAAAGUAUACAUGAACAAAAAAAUAUUCCUCAAUACGGACCCACCCUUGCUUCCCUCCACACACUGAAGGUAUCCUCCCUAGCGGUUAUUCUCAUGAAUAAUAGGUAGAAGGGUGUGGAACUGUCUCUGUGUUAGCCAUGUGUCAGGACCCAAGCAGACCACAUAGCAGAUUGAAUAUCGCUCUAACCUUCCAUCUGCUGCCUCUCUCCCCUCCUCCACCCAGAUGUACACACACACACACACACACACACACACACAAAGACACUGAGAGCCUAACAGAGCCUCAUUUACAGUACAUGACUGCUUCCUGAGCCUUUCCUUUGUCUCUCCAGGGGUCACAAAGUGCUGAGUAAUGCCCCUCCCCCUCUGACUAAUACUAGCUGUGUCUUGGUAUUGCCCCCCCCCCCCCCCCCCCCCUCUGACUAACACUAGCUGUGUCUUGGUAUAAGACAUUUCCUCUGCUUCUUUUCAGGUCAUCAUCGAGAGAUACAAGGGAGAAAAACAGCUGCCCAUCCUGGAUAAAACCAAGUUCCUGGUUCCUGACCAUGUCAACAUGAGUGAACUGAUCAAAAUCAUCAGGUACUCCUUCAGGAUGUUACAUUAUCUUCUAUUAACUUCUCUGUAUUUACUGACAUCAAUUUAUCAGUCAUUUAAUCACUAAAGCAAAUUUACUUAGUUUAUCUUAUAAAUAAUAAUACAAAUGUGAGGAUCUGAUACACUAUCUACUCUCUGUCUAUCUGUGUAAGUGAGGAUAUUAUGUGCUAAACUCUCUGUCUGUAUGCUUGCCCCACUAGGAGGCGCCUCCAGCUGAACUCCAACCAGGCCUUCUUCCUGCUGGUGAACGGCCACAGCAUGGUCUCCGUGUCGGCAGCCAUCGCUGAGGUGUACGAUCGCGAGAAGGACGACGAUGGCUUCCUCUACAUGGUGUACGCCUCGCAGGAGACCUUCGGAACCGUGGCCCCCCAGUAACAGCCUCCCACCAGUGCUCGGACAAUGAUACCACCCCCUCCCUCCCUGAUCCUUCGUUCCUAAAUACAGAUCGAUCCCCCCUGCCUUCCCUCGAACCCUUGCUUACAACCUUAGCCAAGACAAUAGGAACCAGACAGACCUCUUCUCCCAUGCCCUUACGGGCCCCUUAUAGAUAUUAAAAGCUAUGUCCUGCACCUUCUCAUACUCUGCCCCCUACCCAUUUCUCAAAACCUCUCCCCGUACAUCCAUUACUCAAAAUCUCCCCGUACAUCCAUUACUCAAAAUCUCUCCCCGUACAUCCAUUACUCAAAACCUCUCCCCGUACAUCCAUUACUCAAAAUCUCCCCGUACAUCCAUUACUCAAAACCUCUCCCCGUACAUCCAUUACUCAAAAUCUCCCCGUACAUCCAUUACUCAAAACCUUUCCCCGUACAUCCAUUACUCAAAACCACUCCCCGUACAUCCAUUACUCAAAAUCUCUCCCCGUACAUCCAUUACUCAAAACCUCUCCCCGUACAUCCAUUACUCAAAACCUCUCCCCGUACAUCCAUUACUCAAAACCUCUCCCCGUACAUCCAUUACUCAAAACCUUUCCUUGUACAUCCAUUACUCAAAACCACUCCCCGUACAUCCAUUACUCAGAACCUCUCCCCAUACAUCCAGCCAUGUGUUUAAGAAAAGAGAUUCAAUAGUUAUGUUUGGUGUAUAGAAUGGAUGAGUAUAGCAGAGAUGAUUGCCAGCUCAGGUUGAGUUCGCUCCCACAAGACUCAAACAAUUUACAUUUUAGUCAUUUGGCAGAUGCUCUUAUCCAGAGCGA